AUGCCCGAGAGAAUCGAAGCAACUCCGUUACCAAAUGGAAUCAUCGAAUAUCGUGUGUAUAAAAUUCGAUGGAUUCAAUUAAUUGUUUACGUUUUAUCCACAUUCACCAAUGCAAUCAGUGGAAUGACAUUCGCUCCGAUCGAAUCGCAAACUUCGACAUUCUUCCACAUCAUGACCACACAAGUCAAUACCUUACCAAUCUAUUUUUGUUUCUCUACCCAAUCGGCACGAUCAUGUCCAUUUGAUUAUCGAAGAAACUGUCCAUGA